AUGAGGUUCAAAAAACUAGCCACCAACUUCUUCACACCUACUUGUUUCAAGGCCAAUAGCCAUACAUCAGAACAUAAAUCCCAGUUAUCAUCCAAAGAGAGCACUAUUUCGCGCAGAUUAUCACUUUCAGAUUUGAGUAAUUCAUCAAUCUGCACUGUCCUGAGUGACAUAUCAAACUCGCUUAUCGGAUCAAAUCUUCAUAUUUUUGCUCACAAUGAGCUCAAAAAGAUCACUAAAAGCUUUUCCAAGAGCAACUAUCUUGGAGAAGGCGGGUUCGGGAAAGUGUACAAAGGGUUUGUUGAUGACAAGCUUAGGCCUGGCUUGGAAGCUCAACCUGUUGCUGUUAAGGUUUUGGACUUGGAUGGCACGCAAGGUCAUAGAGAGUGGCUGGCUGAAGUGAUUUUUCUCGGGCAAUUGAAGCACCCAAAUCUUGUAAACUUGAUUGGUUACUGCUGUGAAGAUGAACAUAGGCUUCUUGUGUAUGAAUACCUGGAAAGAGGAAACUUAGACCACAAACUAUUCAAAUGUUAUUCUGGAACUUUGCCUUGGUUGACAAGAAUCAAAAUAGCAAUUGGAGCUGCUAAAGGCCUCAGUUGCCUCCAUGAGGAAGAAAAGCCAAUUAUAUAUAGAGAUUUCAAAGCUUCAAACAUCUUGCUAGACUGUGAUUACACAGCUAAGCUCUCUGAUUUGGGUCUAGCUAUAGAUGGCCCGGAAGGUGAUGAAACACAUGUCACAACGCGCGUCAUGGGUACUCAUGGCUAUGCAGCUCCAGAAUACAUCAUGACAGGUCAUCUAACAACAAUGAGCGAUGUCUAUAGCUUCGGUGUAGUUCUUUUAGAGCUUCUAACGGGUAGAAGAUCCAUGGAUGAGAGCCGGACUUUUAGAGAACAGAAUCUAGUGGAGUGGGCCAAGCCAUUUUUGAAGGACUCCCACAAACUUGACCGUGUGAUGGACCAAAGACUUGAGGGUCAGUACUCCACCGAAGGGGCUAGAAAGGCAGCUGCAUUGGCUCAUCAAUGCCUGAGCCAUAACCCCAAGUCUAGACCAACAAUGAGCACUGUGAUCAAGACCUUAGAGCCUCUAAUGAACUUGAAGGACAUACCAAUCGGACCCUUUGUGUAUGUUGUGCCAACUGAAUCAGGAAAAGAAGGUCAAACCGGGUGUCAUGAUAUGGUGAAAAAUGACAACAAAGGUGAAGAAAAAGAGGGAGGGUUGGAGAAGGUGAAGGGCAGCCACCGGAGACGAAAAGGUCAGAGGCAUAAGCAUCGGAUCAAGUCACUGAAGUCUAGUACUGUCUAUUCGGAUACUGCUCUAUAUAAAGUUCUCGGAACUGGUUUAUACUCUCCCAGAUGA